GACGAGCCGCAGGAGGGCUAUAAGGUCCAUUGGCGCCCACCUUGUUUCUACAAUCGUUUUCUGUUAGAUAUCAACUAGCGGAGGCCUUUCCAUCCAGUAACCUUCUCUGUACCUAAUACCUCCUCACAUUCCUUCACAUUCACUUCUCCGUCCCUGGUUGGACUUUAAGGAAAUUUUAUAAUUAAUCAAAGCGAGUCUUUGCUGGUUCCUCUUUACGACUACAACUUUAACACCACCGAAAACCAACAGCAACACUUAAUCCGACACGAUGCCUAGCGUACGAUCAAUCAUCGGCGGCCUCAUGGCCUUGGCUCCCCUUGCGGCUGCCGCCCCGGCUGGAAUCAUCGCCCGUCAAGCGGCCUCUUCGUCGACGACAUCUUCCGCCGCCGCCGCUACCUCGUCUGCUGCUGCUGCAGCACCGCCCGCAGCAGCCCCGGCAGCAGGUGGAGGCUUGACCGAUGUUGACAUCCUUCAAUUUGCCCUUACCGCCGAGCAUCUCGAGUCCACCUUCUACUCGCAAGGAUUCGCCAAGUUCCCCAUGAGCGACUUCACCGCCCUUGGCCUUACCGAUGCGCAGAUCAAGUCUCUCAAGGGUGUAGGACAGACCGAAGCCACGCACGUUACGACCCUCCAGGCCGCUAUUGCGGGCGCCGGAGCCAAGCCCGUCGAGCCCUGCCAAUACAACUUUGAUGCCGCGCUCAAGGACGCAAAGACCAUGGUCGCGACCGCGCGUGUCCUCGAGGCUGUCGGUGUCUCCGCCUACCUUGGUGCUGCUCCUCUCGUCAACUCCUCUGAUGUCCUCACGGCCGCCGCCACCAUCGUCACCGUCGAGGCCCGCCACCAAGCUUUUAUCCGCUCUGCCUCCGGCGCCGAACCCGUCCCCGCCGCCUUCGACACCCCGCUCGGCCCCCGCGCCGUCUUCACUCUCGCCGCCCAGUUCAUCUCCUCCUGCCCCCAGGGCUCGAACCUCAACAUCCAGGCCUUCCCCAGCAUCGCACUUCAGAACCCUGAGCAGGCCGCCGUUGGAUCAAACCUCAAGCUCGCCGAUGCCGCGAACCCGGCUGGUGCCCAGUUCUGCGCGUUCGUCGCUCCUGGCGGAAACCAGUUCUCCCAGAUCACCAAUGGCAACUGCGUGGUCCCGCAGAACCUCUCCGGUGAGGUCUACAUGAUGAUCACCAAGUCGCAGUCCGUGGCCGACGCUGAGGUGCUCGCCGGCCCCUCUGUCAUCCAGCCCUCAUAGACGCCUUCACUCCGUCUAGCAUGGCGCACUCCCGCGUCCUCCGCCGGCAACACUGCAUGGGAAGCACAUACAUGACUACCAUUCCUACUAUUUCUCAUGAGUAGUGCUGCGGAGGGCGGGCGUGACGGAGGAAGGAACACAAACCAGGGGUUUGAGCGAUGGGGAAAGACUUGAAAUGGAGGUGCGUUGUCAAGAUCGAAGCAUGAGCAUGAUCAAACAUCUUCUUCACUACAGUCGUUGCGAAAUACAAGCGUUGAUAUCA